GCUUGAAGACAAUUAUAUCAGUAGGCUAAGUAAACAUUGGUGGGUGGACUAUGUCACCAAGGCUAGUGGAUUAAAAAUGAUUUGAAAUGGCUUUCUUCCAGUGAGUCUCAGCCAAAGUUUCUUCUUACACUGUCGUGCGCGUGUUUUUGACUCAUUACGGGCCGUUUUUGGAGUAUAAAUGCUGAGUUGGGAAUUUCAGUAAACUGCUCUGACUCUGACAGCAGCGAAGCGCGCGCCGCAGAGAUGGCGAGGCUCGCUCUAUUUGUCUGUCUUUCCUUCGCGCUAGAGGCGCAAAUGAUAAACGGUCAACUUACGAAUGAAAUCAAAGGCGUGAACAAGACAGAACAAAUGCAAACGACCGUUAAUGCUUCCUUUACAAAUGCACUUGGUGAUUUGAAUGAAAUUACUGAAUUCAAAACCACCGCUGCGCCUGUAUCAAACAGCAAGUCUACGACAGAGGCGCAAAUUCUGCAGGAUCGGGAUAAGAAGCCAAAAGACAACGUGCAUCAAAGUGAAGGAGCUGGGACAGUCCAGCGUGAAGUCGUCUGUCCUCCCCUUGGCCUGAAGUCCUUGAGGGUGAAGGACUUCCAGCUCUCUGCCUCCUCCUCUGAACGCAGCGGCCUCGGACCCCAGCGUGGACGCCUCAACAUACAGGCUGGUUUAGAUGAUGGUGACGAGUAUGAUGGCGCCUGGUGUGCGUCCGUGAAGGACAAGAAUCAGUGGCUGCAAGUGGAUGCCCUUAGACCCACAUUAUUCACUGGAGUCGUCUUACAAGGGAGAAACUCCAUCUGGAGCUGGAACUUUGUGGAAUCAUAUAAGAUCCAGAUCAGUAAUGAUACGGAGACCUGGGCCACCUGCAUGAAUGGCACAGCGGAGGCGGUGUUUAAAGGGAAUAAUGACAUUGAGACUCCAGUACUGGGGCUGUUGCCCGUCCCCAUGAUUGGGCAGUUCCUGCGGAUCAACCCCCAGAGCUGGUUCAUCAAUGGCAGUGUGUGUCUGCGGGCGGAGGUGCUGGCAUGUCCUCUUCCAGAUCCAGACCUGCCAGAUCCUGAGACUGUAUCUACAGAUCACCUGGAUUUUAGGCAUCACAACUAUAAAGAGAUGAGGAAGCUGAUGAAGGAAGUUCAUGAUCAGUGUCCAGACAUCACCCGUAUCUACACCAUCGGAAAGAGCUACACUGGCUUAAAGCUCUACGUCAUGGAGAUCUCCGACAACCCUGGCAAACAUGAACUAGGUGAGCCGGAGUUCCGCUACGUUGCUAAUAUGCACGGUAACGAGGUGGUGGGGCGCGAGCUGGUCCUGAACCUCAUGCAGUACAUCUGCCGCGAGUACAAGAAGAACAACGAGAGGGUCGUCCGCCUGGUCAAAAUGACACGCAUCCAUCUGCUGCCGUCCAUGAACCCCGAUGGCUACGAGCAGGCCUUUAAGAAGGGUUCCGAGCUGGCUGGUUGGGCUGACGGUCGCUAUAGCUACGAAGGCAUCGACAUGAACCACAACUUUGCUGACCUCAACAACAUCAUGUGGGAUGAGAAGGAGGUGGCCGUGGACAAGAAGAAAGUCAGCAACCAUUACAUCCCUCUGCCAGAGUACUACACACAAGAGAACGCCACAGUGGCCCCGGAGACGCGUGCGGUGAUCAGCUGGAUGCAAGCCAUCCCCUUCGUCCUGAGCGCCAAUCUCCACGGCGGCGAGCUGGUGGUCACUUACCCGUACGACUGCACUCGCAACUGGAUCCCCCGGGCCGACACGCCCACCGCCGACAACGAGUUCUUCCGCUGGCUCGCCAUGGUGUACGCCUCCUCCAACCGGGUCAUGGCCAACCACGACAGACGCAUCUGUCACUACGAGGACUUUCUGACGGACCACAACAACAUUAUUAACGGAGCCGACUGGCACACGUUACCGGGGAGUAUGAACGAUUUUAGCUACCUCCACACCAACUGUUUUGAGGUGACAGUGGAGUUGUCCUGUGAUAAAUAUCCCCAUGCUAGUGAGCUACCAACGGAAUGGUACAACAAUAAAGAAGCCUUGCUGCUAUAUAUGGAACAGGUGCACAGGGGAAUUAAAGGUUUAGUGAGAGACCGCGAGACGAAGGCCGGGAUCUCAGACGCCAUCAUCAAAGUGAAGGAUCUGGACCAUGACGUGCGAUCUGCGGCCGGCGGUGACUUCUGGCGUCUGCUGAACCCCGGUGAGUAUGUGGUGACGGCCUGGGCCCACGGCUACCUCCCCUCUACCAGGAAGUGCCACGUGGGCUCCGACUCCCGGCCCACGCUGUGCGGCUUCGUCCUGGCCAAGUCGCCGCAGCAGCGGGCACUGGAGGCCCGCGCCAAGGGCAAGGGCAGGGUGUCGGCGAAGGACCUCCAGCUGCGUCUGCGCGACGAACAGGUGCGGAAACUACGCAUCUCCACCAAACGCCUCAAUCAGCGCCGGAUGAAGCAGCAGAAGAGAGCGCAGAGGAGACGAUAGGUGCCUCUCAUGCAGCGUUUAUACGUCCUCCCUCGCUCCUCGGGUCUCGAUCCUCACUGAUCUACAUAAAGAAUGAUGGGGGUGAAACAAUGGGAUAGCCUAUCCAGUGUUAGUUAAAAAUCAGUGGGAACGCCCCUCGAGGAUCGAGGUGGCAUGUUGAGAGGCACCCCAUGAGGGAUGAUCACAGCCACAGGGAAAACAAUGGUGGAAAUGACUGCAGAGUACUCUAUUCUCUGUGUAACUGCAAUGUAAACGUGUAUAUAGCUACAACAACUGCUCUUAGUUCUUCUGCAACUCAAACAAUCUUAAAGCACAGAGCUGGCCUCUUUUUAAAAGUAGGGUGAUUUAUUAGUUUGAAACAUUCUCCUCAACUGUGAAAAUGUCAUUAAAAUAUAUAUUAU